AUGGUGAAGAAUAAUAAUGUGGCUAGUGGAUCACGAGUUCCGGCUGUAUGGAAUAAUCAGAAUACAACUAUAUUUUGUGACAUGUGUAUCAAGGAGUUGGAGGCAGGAACAAUGGAAAUAUGGAAAGAACUAAUUGGAAAAGAAACUGGUCUUGGGUGGAAUUCCAAACUUGGGACUAUUGAUGCUUCUGAUGAAUGGUGGCAUAACAAAAUUGAGAUAAAUCCCAAAUAUGCAAAAUUACGUAGAAAGGGUAUUAGUCCUGAUAUGGAAGAGAAGUUUGAUAGAAUGUUCAUGAACACCACCGCCACUAGUGACCAUGCUUGGGCACCUUCAUCUGGUGUACUUCCAACCCAUGAUUCAUCUGAAUGUGAUGGUAUUCUACUCGACAGUGGUGAUGAUUUUGAUGAUCCCGUAUACGUACCAGAUGAAACAAUUCAAGUUACUGAAAAAUCUUGUGGGAAGGGGAAAAAGAGAACAAAUCAACAACUUGAUACACAGGUUAAGAAAGAGAAGAACGGAAAUAGAGUUGCUACAAAAGUGGGGAAGCUAGGAGAAUGGAAUAGGCUAGCACAAGAACGAUUUCAACAUUCUGGUGAAACUGUGAGUAGAUACUUUGGCAAAUUACUUGAUAUUGUAUGCCUUAUGGCUGUUGAUAUCAUAAAACUGUUGGAUCCUGAGUUUAAGGGAGUCCCAGAAAAGAUAUUGAGAGAUUCAAGAUAUAUGCCCCAUUUUAAGGAUUGCAUUGGUGCUAUAGAUGGCGUACAUGUUAAAGCCUCAAUACCUCCUGAAGAUCAAGUACCAUAUAUUGGCAAGAAAGGAAUACCGACUCAAAACAUAAUGGCUGCUUGUAAUUUUGACAUGCAAUUCAUAUUUGCAUGUGCAGGAAAAUAUUAUCUUGUGGAUGCGGGUUACCCACAAAUGAGCGGGUAUUUGGGACCAUAUAAAGGUGAAAGAUAUCAUCUUCCAGAUUUUCGUAGGGGUACUCAACCAACAGGUUCUAGAGAAGUAUUUAAUCACGUACACUCUUCCCUUAGGAGUGUCAUUGAACGCACUUUUGGUGUAAAGUGGAGUAUUUUACGAGACAUACCCAACUAUCCAUUCGAUAAGCAAGUGAAGAUAGUAAUUGCAACUGUGGCACUUCACAACUAUAUAAGGAGGCACGCCCAAUGUGAUAUUCAUUUUGACAAAGUGAAUGACAACCCAAAUGCAAUGGAGAUAGAGGGUGAUGCACAAGAAGAAUAUCAUAUUACUCAAGGGCCUGGAGCACAAGAACUAGAAACAUUAAGGAACAAGAUUGCUGCAAGUUUAAUGCAUGCAUCUUCUUAA